UUUUUAAAAUCAAAUUUGUAAUUAUUAAUUAUUAUUAUUUAGAAUAUAGCCUAUACUUACUAUGACCACCAUGAAAUGUUGCCAAUUUUAAUUUAUUAAAAUAAUAAUAUCGCAAUUUCUCUCCCAAUAAAUUCCAAGCCCUAUGCAACUGAAAAUCUAACCACAGUUUAGGGUUUCCAAUUUCUUUCAAUUCGAAGCCCUCUUUUCAAUUUCCUACUGUGACUGCAUCAAAGUUUUAAUGCAAGAUUUUUGAACAGAAUGGUUGGGUUGGGUUGGUUUGGUUUGGUGUCUUUUUUCCAGAUUUUGGUUGAUUUGGACGUGAUUUUACUGGAAUGAUAGUUAUUGUUCUUCAUUAUGAUCUGAGUAAAUCUUGAGCGAAACCCAUAUCGAUUGUUAUGGAUUUGGAGAGUGAAUGUUCUGCGAUUGAAUUUGUGGAGGAUAAUGAAGCCACUCAACACGUUGAUGACAAUAAAAUCAAGGAUAAUCACGUUGACAAUUUUAAGAGUAAUGGGUCGUGGCCGAAUGAUGAUGAGAUCCAGAUGUUCUCCCCUGAUCAAAGUGUCGAUUCCCAUGCUUUGACAGCUGAUAAUCAUGUAAAGGAUGGUGCUGAGAUUGUGCAGCCAAUGCAUUCACCUCCUAUAACAGCUAAAUCUCCUGCAGGGUCAUCUCCUCCUACCACCAAAGGCUAUGGGUUGAAGAAAUGGAGGCGUAUCAAGAGAGAUUUUGUUAAAGAUUCCACCGCCACUAUGGACAGCAGUAAACUAUUGAAGCGAGGGUUGUCUGGUUCUGCAAAUCCAACUAAACCUCAACAUAUGGCAUCACCUGAGAUCAAGCAGAAUAGUGAGCCUCCUUUUGGACCUGUGAAUGUGUUAAAGAACGCAAGUGUUGCUCAUGGGUUCAUGAUGCAUAGCCCCAGCUCGGAUUCCAGGUUUGCAGUUGGGCCUGCUUAUGCUGCUGCUGCAGACUCUGAAAAUAGUGAGGAUCAGAGUAGCAAGUCUUCUACAGCAGCCAGUAUGCCAAAGGUGAGGUAUGAACAGCCUGCAAUUUUCGGAUAUGAGAAAAGCCAGAUGAAUAAUUUAGGUGGGAAGACUGUGGGUAAUUCAAGUCAAAGAGUUCAACAGGGAAAUGGUCAUGUUGAAAGCAGUAAGAAGCUCAGAGGAGAAAGGGUAAAAAUUGAGAUGGAAAACUCUCAUUCCAGCAUGGAAUCUGACUCUAGAAGCUCCGACUUUGUCUUUAUGCAGGGUUCAUUUUCAGUGACAAGUAACAGAAAGCAAAGUGGAAACUCCAUGAAUUAUGAUCGGGAAAAUGGUGAUGAAGCUCAUGAAGGUGAAGACCAGAUCAGUGAGGAAGUACAAACUGCUUAUAAGAAAGAAAAUUCAGGUGAUAUUGAAGAACUUUCAGCAGAUGAUUUACCUGCAGAUUUAUCUUGGGAGGCUAAGGAAGAAAAAAGUGAAAAUCACUGCCCUUCACCAUAUCGAGACCCACUCGUUGAGUCUAUUCUUGCUCUCCAAUCUGCCCAGGAAGCCCUUGAGAAUGAAGUCAAGAAAUUAGGGGAGAUCGGAAAGGAACCUACAUCUCUACAUGAUGAUUCAGUUAACAUUAACAGUGUUCAUGAGGAUUCUACUUAUGCUGAUCAGGAAAUCCUUGAAACUAGCACAUCUGACCAAUUAUCUUCUGAAAGGAUAAGAAAAAGUACUUCAGGUUCCUUGGAAACUCAGGUAUUCACCUUAACACACAAAGUAAAAUAUUUGGAGAGCAAACUGGAGGAAGCAAGGGCUGUACUGCAAGCGAAGGAAUCACGGAUUUCUGAACUAGAAACUAGUGUAAACAGUAGCCGGUCACAGAAGGAAGAAUCAGGAAGCACUGCAGAGUUGCAGCAAGAUAAAUAUAGAGAAAUGGAAUUCGACUUUGAGUGCCUCUUUCAACAGAAAAUGAAGGCUGAAAUUGAGUUUCUAGCUCUAACCAGGGCAAUACAGAAGUUAAGAGAUUCUGCGGGCAAUCAAAGCCCACUACUUAAAGAACAAACUUCAUUGGCUGGGGAGCAAGCCCAGAUGUUGAAUAAGCUCGGAGAGGCAGAUAGCGAGGCUGCAAUGCCAAAGAAACAAGCAGAUGAGUUGGAAAAGUAUUGUGGAGAUGUCUUAGGUACAGAAGAGGUUUUGAAGAUGCAGAGGAGAGUAUGUAAGGUUACGUUAUGUUUUUUUACACAGCUGGUAUUACUGGUUUUAGUGUUCCUGUUCGUUGUGUUGCAGUUGUCAACCGAUUCAGGGGUGGUUGUUCCCACCUGAUUUAAAGAAAAUA